CCUACCACUCCUCCUGCUAUGAUGCCUGGGCAGAUCCCGGACCCUUCAGUGACCGCAGGCUCUCUGCCAGGGCUCGGCCCCCUCACCGGACUUCCCAGCUCUGCUCUGACCACAGAGGAGCUGAAAUACGCUGACAUCCGCAACAUUGGGGCCAUGAUUGCGCCCUUGCACUUCCUGGAGGUGAAACUGGGCAAGAGGCCCCAACCUGUGAAGAGUGAGCUAGACGAGGAAGAAGAGAGGAGGAAAAGGCGCAGAGAGAAGAACAAAGUUGCCGCCGCCAGAUGCCGGAACAAGAAGAAGGAACGGACGGAGUUUCUGCAGAGGGAGUCAGAGAGGCUGGAGCUCAUGAACGCAGAGCUGAAGACCCAGAUAGAGGAGCUGAAGCUGGAGCGGCAGCAGCUUAUCCUGAUGCUCAACCGCCACCGCCCCACCUGCAUCGUGCGCACAGACAGUGUCAGGACUCCCGAGUCCGAAGGCAACCCGCUGCUGGAGCAGCUGGACAAGAAGUGACUGAAGGCCUGGAGGAGGCGUCAGAGGAAGAGGGGAGGGGGGCGGAGCAAAAGGAGAAGAGGAGCGUGGUGAUGGAGGCCCCCUCCCGGGCGCAGGACAAACUCUUACGAUGAGGCUUUUAGUAUAACUGGCCUCCAGCUGGCCCUUUUCUGAAACUCAGCCCAGACACGCAAGAGCAAGAGUGGACUGAAGAAACCAGAGGGACCAAGCGAUGAGACCAAAGUUGACCCGCAGGUAAGGGCUGUCCCACUCCAAGGCUCAGCUUGAUGGCCACCUCAGCCAGAGAGAUGCCCAACCGGGUAGCCUCCUCAGGCACUCCUCUGGCCUCUCUGCCAAGACUCCCACCCAAGGGACUCCCGAGCAGCCAAGAAAAGCCAUGCGUCACGAACACAGUGUGGCCGAGGAGGGAACUCAGCGUGGACUCCAAUCCAUCUUCCCCAGUCCCGCCCAAGACCGAUGGAAAGGGGUGCACUGUGUGGGCUGUGAUGGCCCUGCCCAGGUGGCGCAGCCUGGUGGCCCUGCUGGAGUUUGCUGCGGCACUGAGGCGCGGGCGCCCUUCCAAAGCACACACUCAGUCGAUGAAUGUUUACAGACUGGCUGCUGGCGGGGCUUCCAACUGCACAUGGUUUUUUAUACUUUUUUUUUUUUUUAAUAUUUUUUACAAAAAAGAAGAUUUUAUACGAGCAAUAUAUAUAUGGAUUUCUAUAAUCACUCAAUGUGACACAGUACAUAUAUGCUAUGGUCUGUUGUUACGGACAUCCACCCACCAGUUACAGCCAUUCUGAUUCCUAAGUACUGUAGGCUCUGGGUGUUGUGGGGGUGGUGGCCCGGCGGGUGGGGUGCAUUUCCAUCCUUGUAAACCCUUCCUAGUACUCAGCCCUGUAUCGCUCAGUAAACAUUGCUCUUAAUUA